AUGAAGGUCUUCAGAAGGGGAACCCGGGACAUUGGCUCCGCCCUCACCAGGAUGUGCAUGAGGCACCGCAGCAUCGAGACCAAACUGCGCCAGUUCUCCAUGGUGUUUCUGGACUGUCUGAUCAACCCUCUACAGGAACAGAUGGAGGAGUGGAAGAGAGUUUCCAACACUCUGGACAAAGACCACGCCAAAGAGUACAAGAAGGCCCGUCAGGAGAUCAAGAAGAGAUCGUCUGACACUCUGAAGCUGCAGAAGAAAGCUAAGAAAGCUGAUGUAUUUGGCCGCGGGGACCUCCAGCCUCAGCUGGACAGCGCCAUGCAGGAAGUGAAUGAUAAGUACCUGCUGCUGGAGGAGACGGAGAAGCAGGCGGUGAGGAAGGCGCUGGUGGAGGAGAGGAGCCGCUUCUGCUGCUUCGUCACCAUGCUGAAGCCUGUGGUGGAGGAGGAGAUGUCCAUGCUGGGGGAGAUCACUCACCUCCAGACCCUCACAGACGACCUGAAGGCUCUGACCAUGGACCCCCACAAGCUGCCCCCCUCCAGCGAGCAGGUGAUCUUAGACCUGAAGGGCUCUGAGUGCACCUGGUCCUACCAGACCCCCCCCUCUUCACCCAGCACCACCGUAUCCAGGAAGUCCAGCAUGUGCAGCAGCCUGAACAGUGUGAACAGCAGCGACUCUCGCUCCAGCGGCUCCCACUGCCACUCCCCCACCUCCCACUUCCGUUACCGUGCCUCCUCCUCCUCCUCGGUGCUCCCCCAGCAGGCCCCUGCCCGCCUCUCCUCGGUCUCCUCCCACGACUCCGGCUUCAUUUCCCAGGACGCCUUCCAGUCCAAGUCCCCCUCACCCAUGCCCCCGGACGGCUCCCAGUUGUCAAAUGGUUUUGACCAUCACGCUGCCCUCUGUCUGCACGGACUGGUACUGCAGGCCCAGGACCCCCCCCACCUCCACCCUCCAUACUUCACCUACUCUACCACCACCUCCCCCAUCUCCUCGCCCUCCUACUCGUCCAUUUCCCCCACGUGGCCCUGGUCUCGCUCAGGCUCCGGCCAAUCAGGAGAGUGCCUGCCUCUCGGCCCCUCGGGGCCCGGAGUGUACCCCUCAUCCAGAGUCCCCACCUGGAAGGACUGGGCCAAACCGGGCCCUUAUGAACAGUCCAUGGUGAACACCCUGAAGAGGAGCAAGGACAGGAAGGAGACUACAGAUCCCAGCAGCCACCACAGCGCUGACCUCACCCCAGGAGAGGUUAAAGGGAGCCCCUCUGGGAUCUCGGCCAAGGAGGACCGGGAGGCCCACGAGGAGCUGGCCCGCGCCCUGGCCCGGGGCCUCCAGCUGGACAUCAGCGGCUCCAGCAGAGACUCCCUGCAGGGCUCCAGUGGGUACAGCAGCCAGACACACACCCCCUGCUGCUCAGAGGACACCAUCCCCUCUCAAGUGUCAGACUGUGACUACUACUCAGUGGGGGUGGACCAGGAGGGGGAGCACCAGGACUUUGAUAAAUCCUGCACCGUCCCCAGGAACAGUGACAUCACUCAGUCCUACCGCCGCAUGUUCCAGUCCAAACGGCCCGCCUCCACCGCUGGGCUGCCCUGCAACCCCUCCUCCAUCAUCACCCCAGGGGUCGCCACCAUCCGCCGGACGCCCUCCUCCAAACCAAACCUGAGACGGCCCUCCGGAGGCCUCAACCUGGGGCCCAUCCCCAUCAAGCCUCCCAUGAUCCCAGUGAAGACCCCCACGGUGCCGGACCACCCCGGCUUCCCCAGCAGAGCAGCGUCAGAGGAGGGAAACACUCCACGAACCCCGCUCAGCCCCCCCACCACACCAUUGUCCCCAGGCUGCAGCGGGCCCCUGUCCCCGAGGUCCGGCUCCUGGGAGGCCCAGCACCUGAGCGAGGGCUCGGACCCCCCCGACCCUCCACCACAGCCCGGGGGGCGGAUGUGUGAGUGGGAGCGCCGGCCUCUCCCGGAGCUCCUGGAGGAGACGGAGAGCAGCGAGGUGGAGGAUUUUCUGGUGGCUAUCCGACGAGGCGUCAGGCUGAAGAGGACGUCCACCAAUGACCGGUCAGCUCCGAGCAUUUACUGAGACUCUGAGGGGGACUCAGCCAAUGACCUGGCUGCGUUUAGCAAAGACGCUCUUAGAGGGACACUAAAUGGUUAUUACUUAAAGUAAACAUCAACAACUUUGACAUCAAUGGACGCAGAGGAUAGGAGGAAGUUGCCUAGCGACUCUGAUCAAGGAUCAGAUUUGAAAUGACUCAAAACAUCUUCUGAGGGAUAUUUGAUCAUGAGCUGAAAUGAGCUGAAAAUUGCCACCAUCACCUUUUGCCAAACAGAGUUUUAGGUAUCAGAGCUCCUAUGUAGAUGGUUUGAUAUCUCUCUGAUAACUGAUGCUAACUAAAGGGAAUCUAUCAAACUCAUUUGGGUCAAAUAUACAAGUUUCUCCCAGAUUUUAGAAUUGAUCCAACAACAAUGUAUCAAUGGUGUUGUUCAGGCCAAGAACUCCACCAUAUUGCCACAUUUACCUGACUGAAGCACUUCUCCCAGGUUUAAAACUGUCAGUAUUGCCCUUGACUGAGGAAUACUGGUGCUGAUCCGAGAUCAGUUCCCCUGGGCAACUUCAGUACAUAAGAGGAAAGAUGUGAAAGGACAUCCUUGUGUCAGGAGUUGUACAAGAAUAUUCUUGUAGCAAAAAUGAAUUAAUGAAACAUCACGUAAAUGUUAAUGUGUGUAGUAUUGGGAAGGAAGGACAAGAGGUUUGAAGGAAAAGAAGUGGAAGUGGUAACAGCGAGCUGGAAGGUGUGAUGAAGUAUUUAUAAAAAGAUCAAAUCAUUAUUUGUACAUAUUAAUAUUUUUGUGUGUUUGUACCUUUUUGUUUGCCAUUCGCUCCUUUUACAUCCCCAUAGUCUCCCUUUUCACUUGAAGGUGCCAAAAGCCUGUGCGCUAAAUUUAACUUAAAUAUUCUCUAUUUAAAUGAAAUGAUUCUGUUUGUCUGUAUAAACAUAGAGAAUAAAGAGUGACUGACAGAAUAAUUGAGCAUUGACACAAACUGAAAGUAUUUGUAUAUGUUAGGGUAGCAUAUUAAAGUGGUGUGUACCCCUCACAGCUAAUGUGGUAGUCAAAGCCACCGUCAGUAGAUGAACCUGCAUGUUCUUAAAGUGUGCCCCAGUAUACACAAUCAGCUUCGAAAUGAUGUGUCGUACCAGCAGUGGAUAUAAACAGUGUCGAUAGUAGCACAUCAGGAACUGUGGAGCCUGCAACGUGCUAGAUUAAGUCUGCUGUUAGCUGUGCAAAAAUAUGUAUACAUGUCAAUUAAAUAAAUAGAUGAAACAACUAUUUGAAAGAACUCCUGCAGACAGACAGGAUGUGACACGUUGUUGGCCUCCAGGUUCUCUAACCCCUCUGUCCCUGUUCAACCUUUAACAUGUUGCUAAUCUACCAGCUACGUAGCAACGUUGUGUUAGCAUACACUUACUAUAGUAAUCAGAGUAAUGUGGAUCAGUGUAUUGGUCUGUAGAGAAGCCAGUGUGCUGAGGAGUAUUCAGCUUGCUAACAGUUGUGGAUGAGUUUAGCAUUGGGAGAGUGUGCUGCAGUUAUCUGGAUUAUAGCACGUUCAAGUAUGACAUCUUUAAUGAGGGUUGCUAACAGUGUCAGGCUGGCACAAGCAACAUGGAUUUACUCACAUGUUUUGAUGGUUGGGAGAACAAAUGGCAGGAUCAUAAAAAGUAUAUUUUGUACUACAAGCUAUACUAAAAUAUGAAAUUCAGUAACUUUUAGUUAACUUUCCCAAUACAGGCACCACUAUAAAGUGUGCAUUUGCUUGGAAAGAAAACAGGUAGGACAUAUAAACUAGUAUUCAAUUCAGCCUGCUUUAGUCCUUAAGUGAGUUCCUCAAGGGUUUAAGACUGGCAGCCAUGAUGGAGGUCUUUAGCUGAAAGGACAUCUGACAUGUUUCAUGCUGCUAGCAUUGGACACAGUGGGCGAAUCAAACUUGGUAUAUGUACUCAAGUUCUGUACACAAUUGUACUUGAUCAUUUCCCUUCUAGCUACCCACAAUCAUUGAUGCUGAAAUUAACCAUUCUACAUAGUGAGUGCUCUUAAUGAAUAAUAUUUAGAACUUUACCUUUUUAAUAAGUAAUUAUAAUGUUGACAAAGACAUUGAAUUUCUAUUAUUUCUAAUUUUGGUAUUUCAAUAUUUAUUUUGUUUAAAUAAACCAAUUUCGACUCUAGCCAAUGUAGUAUUAUUCAGCAGUGUAACAUUCAAACAAAUACUGAACAUAGUCCAGAUGCAGUACAACAAAGUCUGUUAGCUAUCAGAUCCAGAUCUCCAUCAUGGCUCCAGAUGGUUCAACCUCUGACCCCACUGAGAAUCCUCUGUUCAAACAGACGGUAACAUCGACUGCUGUUCACUGAUAUUCAUGUACAACUGCGACAAAUAUAUAACUUGUAUUACUAGAUGUCAACUAGCCCGAUGAGUUGAACCAACUUGUGUCAGCGGGUGAUUAUCGUACCAAGCUGGAGUAGAUGAACCUUCCCUGUUGCUAAUGAAUAGUUACUGUUGAUAGAGUGCCAUCACAAGUCCAAUUAUUUAUUCAUUUGAAUGUUUUCACUCAUGUUUCCGUGGCUUCACACGUUUUUAAAACUCCCGUUGAGCAUAUAAAACAUAUUACCAAGUGUAUUUAAUAUGCAUGUGUUUUUUUAGUUGAACAAAGGAUUUCAUGAUCUGCUUUUUUCUACUGGAAACAUUUUUUCCUUUACUUUUUCUUCUACUAGAUGCAUUUUAGAGGCCGUCUUUUGAUGCUGCAUUUCCCCACAGGGGUCAGAAAUGUUUCAGAUUUAGUGUGACAGCAGUUUGACUCCCUUUAUGAAGACUGAAGCCGGUCUUUUUUAUAUCCAUUUUCAUUUUCCAACGCAGGUUAACCAAUACAAUCGUGUAGCUGACGCGAUGAAAAGCGUAUGAAGCUGAAUGUUCCAGCCUGUCAGGACUCAGUAACUGUGUGUGAUGCUAACACACACCGAGCAGUACAGAAGUGAUUCACCAUCAAAUCCAUUAGUACAACAAGUUAUUCUCAAUGUCAAACUUGAGAACCAAAUUGAGCCACUUGAGAAUAUCCGGCUAGAUAAAGUUAGAUCAGAAACACUUCCAGGUAGGGGUGUGUGUGUGUGUGUGUGUGUGUGUGUGUGUGUGUGUGUGUGUGUGUGUGUGUGUGUGUGUGUGUGUGUGUCCCAAAUUUCCUACAGUAUGCUAAAUGAUGCCCUGGGUUUUUAUUUUCACCGUUUCAUUUGAACUACUUGUUUCACAGGUAAAUAUGAAACAUGUGGGAGAAGUUGUGACUUGAUGCAGCUUCCUUCUUUUCACGUAAACUCUAAAAUGAUGUUAUAACGUUUGGGAGUGUAAGUGGGAAGGACCAGUUUUGAAAUGAAAAGUAUAUCCUGUUCCAACAUACAGUGUCAUGGUGUUGGGUGGGGCGUUAUGUUACAUGAUCACAGUUUUUGGGGGAUGUCAUUACCACCUUUCCAACGGCUGAGCCAAGACAAUUUUUAUUAAAACCUGAGGGCCACAGAGUUUGGAGGAGGAGAUCAAGGGACAUCAUUUGAGACUAAUAGGAAGUAAAGUAUUAAAGCCCCAAACAACAAAUGACUGCAUUACCCAGACUUCUCUGUUACUGCCACACACAGACCUGUCUCUAAAGUCAUGUUUUUUUAUUUUCUUACUGUGCGACCUGUUCCUUUCCCUCUGGCCCUGAGGACCCUGUGUUUGAUGCUCACUUCCUGAAUCCUAACUGUCUCCUGUUUUCUAUGUAUACUCGCUGUUUUGGCUAAAUAAUAAAAUCGUAGCAUACGAUGUGCAUCUUA